AUGCUGACGCCGUCGCCGCUGCGACGCAAGGCGCUGAGGCCUGCGGACUCUGACACCUCUGUCGACGGCGAGCUGGGGCUCGAGACGCCGAUCGACGCUGAGGAUAUAUUCGGGGGCUCGCCGUACCGGCCGACUGCGCCGCUCCGGUCGUUCGACGCGCACCUGAGGAGCAGCGCGCGGUUUGGCGGGAUGGAGGAGGACGAGGAUGACGACGACGACGACGAGCGCGUCUUUCUCUCCACCCCGGCCAGACACUCGACGCCCGGCCGACCGAAGCGGACAAGCACCGCCCGUCUGCGCACUCCCGUCAAUUCCAGCUCGCGCCCUCGCCCGCACUCGACUGUCGAGCCCACGCCACUGCCGGCCGCGUUUGCCUCGGCGCGCACACCGGCCCGGAGGACGCCGCUGCGGGUGAAUACCCAGACGACGGGCGUCAAGCGCAAGUCGACGGAACUCAACUUUCUGCCUACGCCCCAGGCAAAGGGCGCGCUCACACCUCUGAGCGUUACCAAGCCCGGCGGAGAGAGCUCGUUCGACCGUCUGGCGCCGUUACCUUUGCCUGCGCCCAAGUUCAAGAGGCGAGAUGAGCCCGAACUAUUUCUCGGUCGGGCGAACACCAUGGACAGUCUUCGCAUCGGCAACGCUUCAUUUGACGUCGACGACGAACCCAUCGACGUCUCGCCUGAUGGCCAUAUCGCCAAACGCCGCGCAAAGUCUCGACCGCUCUCGCAGGACUUGCCCGGUGGCACGGUGGCGUUUCCCUCGGCCGCCGAAGCGCGUACACGAACGCUCUCGAACGAGUCAUCGUCUUCAAAGUCGAAUCAUGGCACUGGAAGCGUCAGACCGACUCGCCAGCGCCUAUCGCACGCGAGCAACGUCUCAUCUCGGUCCCGCACCAAGAGCGGGGCGCAGGGACUUUCUCGCGCUCAAACGAUCGCUGCUGCUACGCCUGGUCGGCCCAUCGCCAGGCGCUUGGAGAGCAACGGGAGUGCGACGCUCUUCUUCGGUCCGGCCAUCCCGCGUUCUUCUACGCCUGCGCGUCGGCGUCGGUCGCCAGUACCCCAGGAUUCGGCCCAGCGCCAGUUCGCGCGCCACAGCUACGCGGGUCCCAGUGCGAGUCCCGUGCCCUUUGGGCCGGGACGCAGCAGCUCGCCUUCGUUACCUGACGACGAGCCUAUGGGAGAGAUCAGCGACGAAGAUGCCGCUCGUUCGAUGCCAGAUGUGAGCAUGAUCGCCGACAUGGACGAAGAUGAUAAUCUGGCGGGUAUGGACGAGGAGGACCUGUUCUUCGCAUCUAGUAGCUUCAGAAGCAACGGGGACGAAGGGACUGGCGCCGACUCGAGCGCGGAUGACAGCUUUGGCUGGGGAUCGGCGCCUGCCCACGCGAGCACGUUCAGCAUCAACGUCACGGCGUCUACGCCCAGUCCACGGAAACCUGUCAAGGCGAUGUUGGAGAAGAAGUUCAAGCCGCGGGAUUCGGGCAUUGGACUUACGGACGACGAGGACGCAGCUCCCCGACUUGGGCUGCGCGCGCCUGUCAUUCCCUCUGCGACGCGCGGCUUCGGCAUCGGGCGGUCGGGGAGUGUGAGCAUCAUGGCGCCUCCGCCUAUGGUACCCUCUUCGAGCGCAAGCACGACAGCUUCGUCCGACCUUGAUGCGCUCGUAACGCCUGGUUUUGGACCGAGCGCCUCGUCUGGCUGGCCGUCAUUCGCUUCAUCUUCUACAUCUACGUCUUCCGAUCUGCUCAGCCUCUUGAGCGCGGACUCCGAGAACGCCAUGGACACAUUCAUCGGGCGUACCCUUGCUUCAGCUCAAGCCCAAGUACCCUCCGCACCCGGCGCCGGCGAGCCCAAGCGUGCCGCACCCGGUACACCGCAGAAACGCGCCCGUGCGCAGGAUCGCGCGUGGCACUCUGCGUUUGCUACCGGGAAGGUCGGAUUCGACUACUCGCAGGACGACGUCGAAGGUGACGUGGAGGGCGACGAGGGAGGGAAGAAGAAGAAGAAGCCGAGGAAGAGUCUGCCUGCCGCGUUCCCGAGCCUCAGCAUGGGCAUGGGCAAAGCCAAGCCCAAGCUCACUUUACCUGGCGUGCGCAAGAACGCCAAUGCUGGUGCACGCGUUGGAGAGAGCGAUCUGGAUAGCGAUUCGGAGAGUCCGGGCAAGCGCGCGAGUGGGAAGUACGCUGGGAUCGGGUUGGGUAGGCCGCAGAGACCCGGUGCAGCUUGGUUGCUCAGGAGGAGUAGCAGCGGUGCCAUCUCAACUGCGUCUGGGGAGAGCAGCUGGCCGGCUACGCCUACGGCUGCUACAGCCGGCGGGAAAAGCGGAUGGCAGCUUCCGCCUCCACGGAUUCCGCCUGCGAGCCCGGCUACUCAAUCACGGUUGCCGUCGCGACUUUCGCCCGCGUCGACACGCACAGCAAGCAGCUCAUCUACGUCCACUGCAACGGCUUCACCACUCGGCUCACGACUUCUGCAAAUCAACCCGCACAAUUCCGCACGCUUAGGAGCGUCACCGCUCAAGUCUUCUUCUUCCAACAACCAACGGACGGCGACUUUACCACCUCCGGUGACGGUCACAAAGACGAAUGUGCGGAGAGGCGGACGACCUUCUCUGCCGGCUAUGCCGCUCAGCAGCGACGCACGGCCUGGCAGGUUUGAGGCGGAGUUCGUUGAGGCGGGCGAAAUCGGAAGCGGCGAAUUCGGGAAGGUUAUGCGGGUCAAGCUCAAGAUUCCUUCGCCUUGCGCUGGCGACGAGGAGAGCGAAUGGGCGGUCAAACGCAGCAAGCGGUUUGAAGGCGCACGUCAUCGACUGCGCGUCCGCGAAGAAGUCGACGUCUUGCAGCAUCUCCGACGCGCAUAUACCGGUCACGGGAAGUGGCACCCGAACGUCCUCGGGAUCGUCGACGCGUGGGAGGAGGAUGAGGCGCUGUUUAUACGCACGGAGCUCUGCGCGUUGGGCUCCUUCUCAAGAUUCUUGUGGGAGUUUGGACGCAGGUUCGAAAGGCUGGACGAGGGGCGGGUGUGGAAGAUCGCCGCGGACUUGAGCUGCGGCCUCGCCUUCGUCCACGCCUCCGGCGUUCUCCACCUCGACCUCAAGCCCGCAAACAUCUUCCUCACGGCCGAGGGACGCUUCAAGCUCGGCGAUUUCGGUAUGGCGACGCUCUGGCCGCGAGCGGGAACUCCCGCGCCGCUUCCGGGAGAGGGUGCUGAGAGACCGCCUGGGUUCGAGCGCGAGGGCGAUAAGUGUUAUCUUGCGCCUGAGGUGCUGCAGGGGCGGUACGGGCCUGCCGCGGAUAUCUUCAGCCUCGGCAUCACCCUGCUCGAAACGGCGGCGAACAUCGUCGUGCCUGACCAGGGCGAGCAGUGGCAUCGGCUACGACAGGACGAUCUGUCCGGCGUCGACUUGGCCGGGUCCAGCGCCGCGCUCGUCGGACUGCUCGGCGCUCUGCUGAGGGCCGAUCCGUUCGCGCGGCCCGACGCGGCUGCAGUGUGCGCUCAUCCAGCUGUGAGGAGGGCCAAGGCGGCGAUGGAGCUCGCUGGGCCCGGAGCGGGGAGUCCGUUGGCGCCAGUGCCGCCUGGGUUCCUGACACAUGUGCUCGGCGAGCUCGAGGAGGAGGGCGAAGAAGAGCCCAUGAUGCUGUGA